GGAGUCUCGCGUGACUCUGUAUUUUACUCGAGCCAAUUAGGAGGCAGCUGUCAAAGGCUGUAGCAUUUUGAGGAUAGGAGUGUUUGUUGUGUGAAUUCAAGUGGCUGCAGUGCGUAUAGUGAUAAAGGGAGUGAGGUGUGCUAUGAGCUCAAUGAAGGAAGACAAGGAAAACACUAAACCACGAGAACGGAAAGUGGAUAUAAAAUCAGAAGACAGGGAUCGGCAGGAUAAAGUAAAAGAAAAGAAAGAGGUGUUAACGAAGGUUGUAGUCCGGCGUUUACCUCCUACUCUGACCAAAGACCAGCUAGAAGAGCACUUCCAACCUCUAGCAGAACAUGAUUAUUUUGAAUUUUUUGCUAAUGAUUCAAGUUUGUAUCCAAAUUUAUUCUCUAGAGUAUACAUUAACUUCAAGAACCCAGAUGAUGUUCUAUUAUUCAGGGACCGCUUUGAUGGCUACGUCUUCAUUGACAACAAAGGUAUGGGCCUUGAAGUUUUCCUAGAAAAACGCAGCCUAGGGACUUUUUCCCCAUAUAUUUCUGUUAAAGCCAUUUCAUUACUGGUCUUGCAAGUAAAUAUUGAGCAUUCGGACAUCUUAACUUCAGACAUAAUGUUCAGAAAUUAUCCUAUUUAA